UUUCCUUAUGCAUCAUAACCACAUUCGAUGAAUCACACUUACUUACUUACUACCAACUCUCACUGUGAAGUACUCAUUGUUCGUUAAUCACGAUGAUCAUCAUCAAAUUUCAGAUUCUCAGCUUUUUCAUCUACCUCUUGUUUCUUCUUCUUUUUCUACCAAACAAUGUUCACGCUUCAAUCCAUUACUACUCCAAACAACCCUUCACUCACCGCUCCAAUGCUUUCUUCUUCCAUGCCGGCGCUGAAGCUCUAUUCUCCUCUUCCUUCAUCCGCUUCGAAUCCAUCUCCUUCACUCGCCCCAAACACUCCGCCAUCAUCCACGGCCAAAUGCAGCAGAACACCGGUCUCAUCGAAUCCAUCAUUCUCGAAGUCAAAGACCGUAACCGUAUCGGUGGUUUUUAUUUCAAUCCCAAAUCUGAUUUAAUUUGCUGCGACCCAUUUCUCUCUAAAACCCAAAAUUGUAAUCUUGGCGAAGUUAUCAUUCAUAACAACCCCCAAAAUCCUAACUUUCCCAAAAGGCUCAAAACUUUUUUUCAAGGUACUAAUCAAAUUGCUCAUAUGGAUCCUCAAACUGUUCAAAUUAAUGCUACUGGGAUUUAUUAUUUGUAUUUUAUGUUUUGUGAUCCUAAUCUGGAAGGUACCACUUUUACUGGUAGAACUGUUUGGAGAAACCCUAAUGGUUAUCUUCCUGGAAAAAUGCAACCUUUCAUCACCCUUUAUGCUUUUAUGUCUUUGGCUUAUCUUUUACUUGGUUUGGCAUGGUUUUUGAGAUUUCUUCACUUUUGGAAAGAGAAGGAUGUUGUUCAUGUUCAUCUUCAUUAUCAUAUUACUGCCGUCAUUGCGCUUGGAAUGGUUGAGAUGGCAUUUUGGUAUUUUGAGUAUGCUAAUUUUAAUGCUACUGGUAGUAGGCCUAUGGGAAUUACUAUAUGGGCUGUUACUUUUACUUCUGUUAAGAAGACGCUUUCCAGGUUGCUUUUGUUGGUUGUGUCUAUGGGAUAUGGUGUUGUUAGGCCAACGCUCUUUGAGGGUUUUGUAUCUAGAGUUACGGUUCUUGGGGGGUUCUAUUUUGUUGCAUGUGAAGUGUUUGAGCUUUUUGAGCAUUUGGGAAACAUCAAUGACUUUUCUGGGAAAUCUAAACUGUUGUUGGUGCUACCUGUUGUUUGCCUUGACUCAUGCUUCAUUCUAUGGAUCUUCUCUUCCUUGUCUAAAACCUUGGAGAAACUGCAGACAAGGAGAAACUUGGCUAAACUGGAGAUCUACCGAAAAUUUACAAAUACCCUUGCAGUGUCUGUGCUACUGUCCAUUGCAUGGAUUGGCUUUGAGCUGUACUUCAAUGCAACUGAUCCUUUAAGCGAGCUGUGGCAAAUUGCUUGGAUUAUUCCCACUUUCUGGUGCCUGCUAUCAUAUACUCUAUUGCUGGUGAUAUGUGUUCUUUGGGCUCCUUCUCGUAACCCUACUAGAUAUGCAUACCUAGAGGGAACAAAUGACUUUGACGAGGAGGGUAUCUCUCUAACAAGCAGUGUAGCAAAGAUGACUGGAGAUGUGGCAUCCAAGCUUGAGCGGAAGGAAAGAAUAGGUUCUAGUGCCACCGAUCUUACAUUUGGAGAUGAUAUUGAGGAAGAUAAACGAGAAUAAUGUCGCUCAGACUUGUAUAGUAGUGUUUCAUAUGACGUCACCUUUUACAAGAAGUCUGUAAAUAUCAUAUAUACAAAUGGUUUUGUAUGCGGAAUAUGUCAUUUAGUAAUGGGGAAACAGAGAGGCAGUGUCAUUUGAUCAAAAUCAUAAUUGCAGAUGAUAUGUACCACCACCACCACCACGUAAGAACAGUUGUCUAAAACAUUUUAACUGUUGUGAUAGAAUCAUCCCCCAGCUUAGUUUUAGAUGACUAUAAUCCUUUAUCUGUAUGCCUUUCGAUUUUCAUGCCCUUUUGUUUUGAGCUUUUCAUACCAUAUUUUCUGUAGGCCUUAUCUGUAAUUAGCAAUGAGUUUUAAAAUUACAGUUUUAAGUAAAGUAUAGUUAAUGUUAUUGGAAUACUUGCUGUUUAACUUGGAUGAUGCUGCUGGAGAGUUUGUGAGUGAUUAUGGGUAGGUGUGGAGGUAAUAUAGUUGGCUAAUUGCCCAUAGAUAGUCGUCGGACAGCUCAAAUUUUCUGCAAGUGUAUUCUAACGAACUGCCUCCAUUGUCAUGCUGAUGUUGAUCCGUUGCUGUUAUGCUGCUAAUCUUUACUGUCACAGCCACAGCUAAAAACUAGUUGAUAUGAGGGGUUGUUUGUACCAUUUGGAGUAUGUUCUGUUUUAUUAGUUGUAUAAUGUUGACUCGUGUCUGAAGCUUGGCCGUCCUUGUGCUAAGAUUCAAAUUCUAUUUUGAAUAACUUCAUUUGCUUAGGAGUGGAGAGGGUAUGCAUAAAUUUGCUUGUUUUGUUAGGCAGAGAAUUGUAAUUUAUGUGUGGAGCUCAGCCCUAUGGUGGAUUGGGAGUGUGUUCCCAUCUGCAUUUGCAUUUCUAAUUCAAUAAUACCAAAAGCGUAUAUGUUUAUCUUUUGA